CAAAGAAUAUUCACUUCACAAGACGAUGGAUUUACGGAGUUUCGUCCCUGCUCUGCUUCUUCUCCUCAGUUUGGCAACAGUUUUCGCUCAGACUUCCGCACCUGGGAAAGAGUGUGAGGCGAAAAAUGGGACAAGCUGUGAGGAAUGUCUGAAAAAAGUGUCGUGCUUGUGGUGUAUCAAAACUAAGACAUGUGUAACUUACCCAGUGAAAACCAUCCUUCCACCGCACGCACUCUGUCCACUGAAUGAUGCACGCUGGGGGCUCUGCUGGAUGAACUUCCAGAUAUUGAUAAUCACAAUGGCAGUGGUCGGGGGAAUUAUUAUCAUCGCCUUCCUGAUCUGUUUGUUCUGCUGCUGCAAGUGUGAGAACAUUGGAUCCGAAAGGUUCCAGGCCAAAAUGCAGAAACAAGCCAAUAAGACGAAAACCAAGCAAGAAGAGAGGAGGGCAGAGAUGAAAGAGAGACAUGAUGAAAUCAGGAAGAAAUACGGUCUAAAUGGGCAAAAUCCAUACUCCAGAUUUGCGUGA